GUGGCAGCUGAAUAGGAGGGAGGGGAAGGAGGAUAUUUGAGAAUGUGCUGCGUUAGGGAAAAAAGAACACAUCAAUCAGAGAAUGAUUCUCUUUACCCCAUCUCCAUUCUACUCUAUAUAUAUAUAACCAUGUUUCAUUAGCUCCACCAUGAAAACACCACUCACCACUUCUUCUACCCAGCAGCUUCACCCCUUUGGAGUAGUAAACCAAAAACCCACAUACCACAACUUCUUAAAAGAGGGGGAAAAAAUGGUGAAAUUCUCCAAGCAGUUUGAGGGUCAGCUUGUUCCUGAGUGGAAAGAAGCAUUUGUUGAUUACUGGCAACUCAAGAAAGACCUUAAGAAGUUCUAUCACCAUGAUCACCACCACACCACCACCACUUCACCAAACAACUACAGAAACAGCAGCAAUGGCAUUAGCUGCAACAACUUGGCUACCAAGUUGGUUGCUUCUCUUAAGAAACUCACUCAUAGUUUGGCCCAUGGACAUAGAGAGCAGCACCACAGCCAUGGAGCCAUUCAAGUUCACAAGAAGCUGGCCUCCACACUCAGCAAAGGCGACACAUACGAGACCGAACUGCUGGAUCAGUUUGAAGACAGUGUUGCUGUGAAGGACUUCUUUGCCUGCCUUGAUUUGCAGCUCAACAAAGUGAACCAAUUCUUCAAGUCCAAGGAGAAGGAGUUUGUGGAGAGAGGGGAAUGCCUCAAGAAACAAAUGGACAUUCUCAUUCAUCUCAAGGCUGCCCUUAAAACCCACCACAACAAGAGUUCUUCUCUGCCUCAGGAUUCUAAGGAUGAUCCUUCCAUUUCCUGCACCAUUUCCUGUGAAGGAGAAGAAGAACAAGUAGAAGAAGAGAAGGAGCCAGAGGAAAAUGAGUCAGAGAAGGCUAGUGGUGAUGAAGCAGUGGACUCUCCAAGAAUGAAGAGAGAGGAUAUGAAGAUGAGAACAAUAUCGGGUCGGGUUUUCAGCUGCAAAGGCAAGAACUUGAGGCUCAACAUUCCAUUGACAACACCUCUGCGCACUUUCUCUGCAAUCAGCUAUCUGGUUUGGGGAGAUAAUUCGAUGUCUUCGAAGAAAUGCAACCCUGAAGGAAGCAGGCUUCCUGUUCACAUCAACAAGACAAAGUUGCAUCAUGCUGAGAAGAUGAUUAGGGGAGCUUUCAUUGAGCUCUAUAAAGGCCUUGGUUACCUCAAGACUUACAGGAACUUGAACAUGCUAGCUUUCAUCAAGAUUUUGAAAAAGUUUGACAAGGUGACUGGCAAACAAGUACUUCCAAUCUACCUCAAAGUUGUUGAAAGCUCAUACUUCAACAGCUCUGACAAGGUGAUGAAUCUAGCAGAUGAAGUUGAAGAACUGUUUGUGAAGCAUUUUGCUGAUGAAGACAAAAGAAAAGCCAUGAAAUAUCUUAAGCCACAGCAGCGCAAAGAAUCACAUAGUGUCACAUUCUUCAUUGGGCUAUUCACUGGGUGCUUCAUUGCCCUCCUAGCUGGAUAUGUAAUCAUGGCUCAUGUCACCGGAAUGUACAGACCGCAACCAAGGCAAUCAAACACAACAUUCUAUAUGGAGACUGCAUAUCCAGUCCUAAGCAUGUUCAGCCUCACGUUCUUGCAUUUCUUCAUGUAUGGCUGCAACAUUUUGAUGUGGAAGAAAACAAGGAUCAAUUACGCCUUCAUAUUCGAGCUGGCACCAACCAAGGAUCUUAAGUACAGAGAAGUGUUCUUGAUCUGCACAGCUGCUAUGACUAUUGUUCUCGGAGUCAUGCUUGGUCACCUCGCCAUUCUUGCAAAGGGCUACUCCUAUUAUUCCCACAUUCAAGCCAUCCCGGGGCUUCUCCUUCUGGCCUUCCUUGGGUUAUUAGUCUGCCCUUUCAACAUCUUCUACAAGUCGAGUCGUUACAGAUUCCUCUGCGUCAUAAGGAACAUCAUUUUGUCACCACUGUACAAGGUUGUCAUGCUGGAUUUCUUCAUGGCAGAUCAACUCUGUAGCCAGGUGCCAAUGCUAAGGAACCUGGAAUAUGUAGCAUGCUACUACAUAACAGGAAGCUACAAAAACCAAGACUAUAACUACUGCAUGAAGACCAAGUAUUACCGCGAUCUUGCUUAUGCAGUCUCCUUCCUACCCUACUACUGGCGAGCCAUGCAGUGUGCAAGGAGAUGGUUCGAUGAAGGGGAGACAAGCCACCUAGUAAAUCUUGGAAAGUAUGUAUCAGCAAUGUUAGCAGCAGGAGCCAAAGUGGCCUAUGAGAAAGACAGCAGCGUCGGAUGGCUAUGUGUUCUUGUUGCCAUGUCGAGUGCUGCAACUAUUUACCAGUUGUAUUGGGACUUUGUAAAGGACUGGGGCUUGCUCCAGAUGGACUCCAAGAAUCCAUGGCUGAGGAACGAAUUGAUGCUGCGACGAAAAUUCAUUUACUAUUUCUCCAUGGGGUUAAACCUUGUUCUGAGGCUAGCUUGGUUGCAAACGGUUCUACAUUCGAGCUUCGAACACGUAGAUUACCGGGUAACGGGACUCUUCUUGGCUGCUUUAGAGGUCAUCAGAAGAGGCCACUGGAAUUUCUAUAGGUUGGAGAAUGAGCAUCUAAAUAAUGCUGGAAAGUUCAGAGCUGUGAAGACAGUUCCACUUCCAUUUCAUGAAGUAGAUGAAGAAGAUUGACUGAUAGAAAGAUAGAAGAUGCCAUUUGCUUUGCCCUCUCUGCACCACCAUUGGUGCCCAUUAUUCCUUUGCUUGCCAAAUUGGAAGCUGAGGUGCCUGAUUUACACUAGCUCAGCUUGGUUUCGGAAUGGGAUCAUGGAACUUUCCCUUUUCUUUGUGGGAUAAAUUAAAGUAGAGGACCUUAUGGGAUGAUUGGAUCCCUAUGCUUAAGAGAUGUCAUCGUUGUUGUUUGUCACACAAGGCAUCAUAUUGUUCCUUUUUUAUUGAUUCCAAGGAACUUGGAGGAAGAGAAGGAAAUGGGAGUAAGUUGUAGUAGUUGUAGAAGAAGGAAGUUGUUCAUUGUUGUGCCUUUCAUACUUACUUUUGUACACAGAAUUUAUUCGUGGGGAAUGAAAAUGAGUAAAAACA